AUGCGACAUAAAAACAUUCAAUCAGCGUAAAACGCAGCAUUGCUGGCACCGCUUCAGUGUAGCUGUGGCCAUUCGAAGAUCCAGAAAAUGCAUGUGAACAGCUACUUCAUCGAGAGCCUGGUGCUGUGCUUUAGCUGUGGAGGCGACAAUGGAUAUUUCGGGAAUGGUGAUUUAGGAUCGGACGGGACGCUUUGUUCCAUGGACACCCCUUCCAGGAUGGUCAUUGCAAAGCAGGUUCACUGGAGUGAUCAGAUUGGAGAUCAGUGCGACUCUGGAGGGCCGAUCCAGUACGAUUUGCCGGCCAUCCAGCAGAUCAUCCGGCUCCAGCUGCAAACUCCUCCACCUUCUUGCGAUGCACCACCAACUAAACCUGAUCCAUCUUCUGUACACCUCAAACAGCUUUCAAUGUUUCCAGAUGGGUCUCCUCAAUUUCCGCCCCCUCUCGAGCCUCCAAACAGCAAUUGGACUCCUAUUAAUCCCCAGGAAGGCCCGCUUCCAGAUGGAACUACACGGCCCGUAGACGCUCCUCAGCAGUCUUCAGAUCCCCAAAGAGCCGGGCCCCAGUACUGGAACCCCUACCCAGCUACAGCGCCUUCUUGGAGACCGCCGCUUGCUUGGCCUUUAGCUGGACCUCAACCAGGGCAUCCCAAUGGGCAGGCGAUGUGGCCAGUGAUUUCAGCCCCACAAGCUCCACCUGGUCAGCCUCCUUAUCCGCAGAACAUCGUUCCUCGCCCAGCUCCCUACUGGAUUCCGCUUCAAUCCAGGCCAGCCUUUGAUUGGUAUCCUCUCGGUCCUUCCACAGUGCCUUCAGGUCCUCCAAGUUUUCCCGCAGAGAGCACAGACGAUGCAAGCGAGAAUGAUCGCCCUUGGGGCCCAGAGCCCCAGUGGAACCCCAACCAAGCCAAUCGACCAACUGAUGACCUCAUCCCCUUGCCAGGACUCGAUCCUUUUGCUCCGGAUCAAGGCUCUGAAGCCCCACUGGAGCCCAUGGUUGAUCCCCCCAUUGACUACAACCGCGUGACCAUCAAGGAAGCAGCAUCAGAACCCGCACAGACUGAUGUUACAGAGACCGAGAUAAUCCAACCAGAGUCACCUCAGGAUGCAGUGGCACCAAAUCCAGAUCCAGAGCCGCAAAGUGUGGACCUGGUGACGAUAACGCUGGAUCAAAGUGAAGGGCUCAUAAGCAGAUCCAUUGCGCAGAGCGCAGAAAUAGGAGUAGAAGUAGACGCUUGGCUGCAAGAGCAUCCAGACGGGCAAAUCGUCAUUGUGAUCACCGCUGAGGAAACCAGCAAACCCACAUGGCCCCAGGAAGUGAAGGAGAUCUUCUCCAGCCACGAUCCAGAAAGCCCCACCUUGGUGCUAGUAGUCGAUUGGUCGAAAUAUGUCUUCAGCGACUACACCGUCACUGUAGAGUACAGCUUUGAAGUCGCCAGGCAACUCAAUGCGAUGAUUUUGCAGUUGCAAGUUCCACUAGAACGGCUUACUAUUCUGGCGUUUGGAACCAGCGCCCACAUCGCUGGAUACAUCGGCAAACUAACUGAGAGCAUGCAGGGCGCAACCGUCUACAGGAUCAUCGCCCUCAACCCCACCGGGCUCCUCUACACGGAUGUUGUGGACGUGGAGCAUCGCCUGAGCAGAUCGGAUGCUUCAACGGUUCUGGUCAUUCAUACGGAAACUGUUCAAAUCGGUUAUGGUCAACCCAUUGGGACCAUUGACGUCUAUGUAAAUCAGCCGGAAAAUGGGCAAAUCUGGUGUGGAGGAGAUGCCCAGUGCUCGCAUGAAGCCGCCAUCGAGAUUUUCAUCCGCGCCUACCGACUGCGCCCAGUGCUGGUCACCAACGAUUUGACCAAUGAGCUGCUUUGGGGCUUCCCCCUCGAUGUUCCCAGUGGCGUCGCUGGCGUGUUCCACCUGCUGACCGAUGAACAGGGCGUUCCCCAGUCUUUGCCCCCAGAGUCCUGGCCAAUGGAAACCGUGGAAAACUAUCCAUCGGUGGAUAAAUCGCAAUUCCCCGGGCGCAAUGUCGCCAACAUGAUACUGAUGGGGCAAAGAACCGAUGGGUCUGAGAUAACGCUGGCAGUCGACCAACCCGAUCCCAACCUGGGGGAGUUUUUGCUUGCAAACCCUUUGGGGGAGGUUUUCGUUAUUCUGACCGAACAGCCCCGUGGCCAAUGGGCGGAGCCCAUGAAGCAGGCCCUGCUAGGCGCCCCCGGCCCGAAGUACGUGCUCAUUGUUGAUUGGUCGCCCCAUGUGUAUCCCUCCUAUGUCUUCACUGUGAAUGCCUUCUCCCACUUGGUGGCUGAGACCGUCUACGGUUUCCUGAAAAUUAACAACGUUCCUCUGGGACUGACGGAGAUGAUUGGCUUCUCCACCAGCGCCCAUGUGGCUGGAAUGGUCGGGGCGCUGGCAGCAGCCGAUGGCCAGGAGCUGAGCAGGAUAACUGGCUUGGAUCCAGAGGCCCGCAUGUGGGAGAACUCGCCGCAAGCGCAGCUCUCCCAGCUCCAGGCCACCAUAGUCCAGGUCAUCCACACAAACACCCGAAGCUUGGGCAUCCUGCAACCGCUAGGACAUUACGAUAUCUACAUGUUCGGCGGCGCUGAGCAGCCCGAUUGCAUCCAGACCGACAAUGUGGAUAGCUGCUCCCACUUGAAGGCCGUUGAGUACUACCUGGCGUCCAUCUCCAGCCAAGUGCUGGCAUAUGAGGGAGAACUCCAAGGGCCCCAAGCCGUCCGAACUGGCGACUCCAACGUAGUGGUUGGCUUCAACUUGCUGCCGUCCUCCACCCAGAGCUCGCGGGUUUAUGUGGUUGAUCAACUCCUGCCGAUUAAUCAAGCCCCUCUGGAAAUCGCCGAUCUUCCCAUGGUGGCCAACAAUUGGCCCCCAGUUCAACUAGUGGAGGCCAUAUCUGGUAUUGUACUUCACAUCCAGCAGGUUCAAGGGGCUGCAGCCCAGGUUACCACGAUUUACUUCAGCCGAAGACAUCCGCAGCUGGUGGGGCUGUUGAGGAAACUGCUCAACUUGAGCGCGCCGACUCCCACCUACCUCAUAGUGGAUGGGGAGUAUUUGAACGAUGAUGAUUGGAGCCUGGCGCUAGCGGACAAGAUCCUCAAAACAACCGGGGAUCAAGCAGUGCUAAUGAGGCUGGACUGGAGCAUGUACAAGGCCCAAACCUAUGCUGCUUCCGCCAGUUAUUCCCGAGCAAUUGGCAGCUUCGCUGCCCAGUUUCUGCUGGAAGUGGGCCUUCUGCCAUCCAACCUGCAUAUAAUUGGGUUCUCCAUUGGCGCCCACAUUGCUGGGUUCAUCGGCAAGCAGCUUCAAGGCGAGAAUGGAGGCAACCAAGUGGCUAGAAUCAGCGCUCUGGAUCCGGCCAGGCCCAUGUUCGAGCACCCGGAAGUGGCUGAGCAAUCCAGGCUGGCGGCUCUCGAUGCUCAGCACGUCGACGUGUAUCACAGCAACAUCCUGGUGCAUGGAUUCACCGCCCCCAUUGGGUCCAUUGACUACUACAUCAAUGGAGGCUUGGUGCAGCCUGGAUGCAGUGGUGGAGACCAUCUUUGCGCCCACUACAGAGCCGUGCAGCUCUUCAUCCUCUCCCUGGAUAUCCGGGACAUGGCCAUCGGAGUGAGGUACGAAGAGGUGGGCAAGCUGGUGUUUGUGGCCGAUGCAACGUUCGCGGACUUUGGGUUCUUCUUCGAAAACGGCCAGCCAGGCGUUUACUAUCUAAAAACGGAGCUGACGGAGCCCUACCUUAAGCCGGCGGAGCGAAUUGCUGCGCAGACUGCCAAUGAGAUUGUGGCUCCUGAGGCGGGCGGCGUCGAUUUGCAGGCAGACACCGGCGAUCGCGCGCCUGCUGGAUAUAUCGAUGUCUAUCAGAUCAAUGUCCCGACCGCAGUUGAAACGUUCACCGAAAUCAUACAAAUCCAGGGGGAGCCACAGCAGACAGUAAACACUUACACUUUGCGCAGCAACUUCAACAGUUCGCGCAGCGCUUAGAGCCUAUGAAAGUUUUAAUGCAAGCGCCAAUAAACAGCUAUUAGGAA